AUGUCCACCCUUAAUCAUAAGUUAGAGCUUUUAACUAAAAAUGCUAACAAUAAAAGCAGAAGCUAUAAGAUAGAAUUUGUGGCUAAGCCACAAGUCAAUCCAAAGAAGCACUUUCUCCGGUCUCCAUUGAGCUCCAAAAUAGCUGCGAGCAAAUCGUAGUCCUUUGACAAUGUAUCGAUCGGCAGCCAAGCGGUUACUUCCGGCGUUUUACCGCCGGCACCAGAAUGCCAUAUCACAUGUUCGAAUCCUAGCAGCAAACCGUCACACUCGAUUUAUGACUUCAUCUGCCACCGGAAAUAUUCCUGAUCACAACCCUAUUCCUCCGCCUAUCUCGAAUCCGGCCGACUGUACGGCAUCAUCAUCUUGGAAGGAAGAAGAAAGGACACACUAUACGGAAACUGAUGAAAAAUUUAGCUCGAGAACAAAGCUGUCUAAAGCGCAUUACAAGGACGAAGAGGCUCGUGUACUCAGUGCCUCUCUUCCUCAUGUGAUUCGGUUUGGAUGGACUGAAACAGCCAUGAUUGCAAGUGCAAGGGAUGUUGGAGUGUCGCCUUCCAUUGUUGGAUCAUUUCCUCGGAAAGAAGCUGCUCUAGUGGAGUAUUUUAUGGAUGAGUGUUUGGAAGGACUCAUCGAUAUCAUUGAAUCAAGGAAGGAUCUGAAAAACUUGAUACCUAGUGAGCGAGUGGCAAAGCUUGUCAGAAUUCGCUUGGAAAUGCAGACCCCUUACAUAUCAAAAUGGGCCCAAGCUCUCAGUAUACAGGCUCAACCCUUGAAUGUCCCAACAAGCUUCAAGCAGCGUGCAAUGCUGGUUGAUGAGAUAUGGCAUGCUGUUGAUGAUGAUGCCAACGAAAUUGAUUGGUAUGUGAAGCGAACUGUUCUAGGUGGAAUAUACUCCACAGCAGAAUUAUACAUGUUGACAGAUAGCUCUCCAGAUUUUUGUGAUACAUGGGCAUUCUUGGAUGCACGAACAAAAGAUGCAUUUGAUCUGAAGAAGACUGCUCAAGAGGCACAACGUUUGGCUGAAGCAAUUGGUGCAGGAAUGGGAGGCUCUUUACAAGGUUUUAUAAAGAGUCUUCACGGGUUGAAUCAUGUUUGGAAUGGCUAAUAUGAUCUUACAGGCUUAGUGGUUCACAAAUAAAAGUCAUAAUGCGUGUCUAUCAGCAGAGAUGCCAAUUUAAAUUAGCGGAUCUCUGUGGGCAUUCGGUUGUCAUUUUGGCCAUAAAAUGUGCUUGUACAUGAUAAUAUUUUUAGAGAACAUUGUUACAAGCGGAAAGUUGUUUCACUUGUUUGUUUGCCUUUCCUGAACGUGCAUAACGAAAUCAUUAAUCUUUUCACAUACAGUAACUUUAAGGGCCCGAUUUGGACAUGCAAUAUGAAAUUAUUUGAUACGAAA